GGAAGAAGAGACCAGCGUGCUGCGCAGCGAGUCGAGUGACGCCGUUGUUUUUACGCCACCAUUUAUGUCUCGGCAUCUUUAAUCGAGAUGACUGAAAGCAAAGCCGACGCGGCUCCUCAUCGGGCCAAAGAGCUUCUGGCUCUGAACCCCAAACAAGAGUCCGAGUUCAAGAAGAAGGUGCAGGAGGCGAAGAGGGACCAAUCCAUCAAGGGGGGGCAUUUGGCCCCCGGAGUGGUGUACGUGGCUCACCUUCCACACGGGCUGUUUGAGCCGCAGCUCAAGUCUUACUUUGAGCAGUUUGGGAAAGUCCUGCGGGUGCGGCUGUCCAGGAGCAAGAAGACAGGUGGCACCAAAGGAUAUGCGUUUGUAGAGUUCGACUGUGACGAAGUUGCCAAAAUAGUGGCAGAGACCAUGAACAAUUACCUGAUGGGAGAGAGACUCAUCAAAUGUCACAUCGUGGCCCCGGAGAACGUGCACGAGAAGCUGUUUGUGGGCUCGGAGAAGACGUUUAAAAAGCCUGCGUUUCCCGCCGUGGCGCGCUACAACAAGAGCCACACGGCGGAGCAGGUGACCAAGAUGAAGGACAAACUCCUGAAGAAGGAAGCCAAGCUCCGCAAGAGACUGGCAGCACACGGCAUCGACUACGACUUUGCAGGAUUUGCCGCCCAGCUGCCCAAGAAGACAAAGUCCUCUGAUUCCACAGAUGCGUCUAUGUGUAGUGAUGACGUCACGCCGAUCUGCACCCCCUCCGUCCUGGAGAGGAGGAAGUCCACGGUCGUCGAUGACGAUGGUGAUGAUGAAAUUAUCCUCAGGAUGCCGUCUGUGGUGAAAGAUGAAGAGCACUCCUCCUCAGAGGAGGAGGAGGAAGAGGAUGGUGCGGUGGCUGAUGGCGAGGAGAGCGAGGAAGCCGCGGAGUGAACGUCCCCGCUGUGUUUCCGGUCUCUCGGGUCGCCGUACAGCGGCACGCGCCAGGCUCGUCUUUGAACUGUUGGAACUCCCAGUGCGUCUUUCAGUGUGGAAGUCCCACUACAUCUGAGGAAGACUCCCCGUGAACGUUUCCACCAUAACUGUGGGUACUACAGUAGUGAGUACCAGUGAGUGGAGCUCGUGAAACCAUCAGCCCGAGCAAGGCCCAGUUCUGACUGGACUUCUUUGACAAAUAUGUAUGUUGUUCAUGGAGCAGGCAGCUUCCUCUGCCACGCAGCGCCGUCAAUGGCGAUGCAAAGCGGCAUCUUUCUUUCGUUACGCACACUUGUCUGAAAGCGUGGGUUAAAUUUGUAUUAUAUAAACUAUGAGUAUUCAAAAUAAAUAAUGUGAGCGUACA